ACAGACCUAUUUCCAUCUUAUCUAGUAUAGAUAAAAUCACUGAAAAGUGUAUAGUCAAUCAAUUAAGUAACUACCUACAAACAAAUAACAUUAUUAACGAGUGUCAACACGGUUUUUUAAAAGGGAAAAGUACAAAUACAUUGCUUACAAAAUUCACAGACGAAAUAAACAAUUACUUAGAUGAUAAAAAUUUGUUAUUACAAUAUUUUUUGAUUACAAAAAAGCAUUCGACACUUUGCAGUUUGACACCAUCCUAAAUGCAAUGGAGGAGUGCGGGGUGAGAGAACCACUAAACCCAUGGUUUCGUGAUUACCUCACCGCGCGCUCAUACCGUGUAAAGGUGGAGGAUACAUUUAGUGACAGAGUUGAGGUGCGGAGUGGAGUGGCACAGGGCUCUGGAUGUGGACCAAUCUGUUACCUUAUGCAUGUUAACAGCUUGUGCCGAGUGCUACAGCAUUGUUUAGCUUAUAUGUUUGCAGAUGACCUGUGCAUACUUCGCUCUGGAACUAACAUGGAUGACACUUGCCAGCUAGUUCAACAAGAUAUUGACGCUGUUGUUAAAUGGUCGCAUGACAAUGGCAUUAUAUUAAACGCCAGUAAAACUAAAUUAAUGAUAAUUCAUUCGCCAUACUUGCCACCUCAUGGUAUGAUUCCACAAUUAUUUACCCAUGAUUAUACAUGUCAUCAUAAUAAGUUACUGGACUGUAAAUGUACACCUAUUGAAAGAGUAGACUGUGUAACCUACCUGGGCAUGAAAAUAGAUGAAAACUUUUCCUGGUCUCAACAUGUAGACUAUAUUUCUGGUAAAUUAAGAAUAUUAUUAUGUAAAAUGCACCACCUUAGCUUUAAAGUUCCUAUUAAUGUUUUAAGAUGUAUUUAUAUGUCAUUAGUUGAUUCUAUUAUGAGCUAUGCUCUUGGGAGCUAUGGAUUAACAUUCAAAACUAACUUAGAUAAAUUGGAAGCUCUUCAAACUAGAUUUUUAAAACUACUUGUCACUAAAAAAACUAAAAGCAACUGUAAAGGAGAUUACAGAAAAUUAUUUAAAAUAUGUAAAAUUUUGCCGAUUACUUUAAAACAUAAAUAUCUUUUAUUAGUUAACCACCAUGGAACCCAAGAACAUACCUUAACUUAUGUGAACAACACUCUUAACACACGAUCUAUGGCUGCUGGUAGAUUCAAUGUACCCAGAGUCACCAAUUACUAUGGUGACAGGACACUAAACAAGAGAAUACCUUACCUAUUAAACAAUCUGCCAGCAGACAUAAGGAGUGAAGCAAAAUUAAGUAAUUAG